AUGCAACAGCUGCAACAGUAUGAAGACACUAUCGAUUAUCUAAUUCAAAUUCUCGAAAAAUUGGAUGCUGAAAGGCAGCAACUCGAAACUCAGAUUUCGCGGCGUCAUUCCAUUACCUCCGUCCAGCGUAGAGUUCCUGUGGAAAUCUGGGAAACCAUAUUUCUAUUCGCGUGCUCAGGUAGCUCCGACGACGGUUAUUCUCUGUCAAUGACAAUGACACCCAAUCUGUGGUCCUUUGCUACUACCGUGUCUGCAUUCCCGAUCGUACUCUCGCACGUCUGCCGCCGCUGGAGGGCCAUUGUUAAUAGCUGCCCCACGCUUUGGUCUUCAAUUAGCAUCAAUGGGCUUAGGGAUUUCUCCACGGAACACAAGAUUCUGAUCGAGACCUUUCUGGAAAAAUCAGCAAAGUGUCCUUUGAAUCUUCGUGCAGCGGAAGAUUGGUCGGGACGCACUCCGAGUGUGAUGUGGGAACUAUUGAAGAGUCAUUUCCUACGGCGGUGUGGGCGACUAUAUCUCGAUCUGAUAGGCUUCUCUUCUCUUGAUAAUUUUGAAGAGACGGAUAUCACAUUCCACCAUUUACUGUCUCUCCGCCUUGAUUCCCCCAUUCCCGGUGAACUGAACUUGAAUAGUCCGUUCUGGCAGGCGAUAUGUCACGCUCCGAAGCUCACGCAAGCCCGAAUAUCCACCCUUUACCCUCCCAACUCGCUUCCCUAUCCCCAACUCACUACGUUGGUCCUGGACUCCGUUCUCCUGGACCAUAUGGAACACCUGCUCCGAGUACUUGAGCUCUGCAGAAAUCUCCGUUCUUUUGCAUUUCUACAAGCAUAUCCGGAUGAUGGUAUUCCAAAUUCCCUUGAUCACAUUAUUCGUCCUGUUGAAAUGCCCUCAUUACGCACUCUGUCACUCUACUCAGAUAGCAGGCUACAACGAAUGAACAAUCCAACAAUCAAGGUAUUGUGUUCAUCGUUGGUGAUGACUACUCUAUCAGCCUUUAGUCUGGCGUGCACAAGUUCGUAUUCAGAGGUAACGCACUGGCCCUCCUCACUCCUCUCCAUGUUACGGCGUUCAUCGACAACUCUGCGACACAUGCGGCUUUCCCUUUGUCCUGACUUCAAGUCUGGUUGGGAAGCACCUCUCUCCGUGCUGUUAGAGACAACGCCCAAUUUGACACACCUUGACCUGGGAGAGUGGUUUAAAGAUACAAUUGACGAAAAGCGUGAUUACGACGAACACGAACCACCGUCAAUACUAUACAGUCUCGUCUCAUCAUCUAUCGCUGUCAUCACUUCUAUGAAUAACCUCGUCCCAAAUCUCGAAUAUAUGUCUCUCGUUCGUGUCCAAUUGGAUUCUGACAUCCUAACGAAAAUCCUCACUUUUGCGGACUCGAGGAGCCCCAGCCGCCUUCAAUCUGAUGUCACUUCCGUUGCCAGUCGUUCCUUGAAAAAAAUCCGAGUCGUGCCUUCCGAGGUGGAGGACUCAUCGGAAUUCGUUCUGGAAGCCCAUAUGCUAGAGGAGAUAAGGCUCCUGGAGCGGGAUGGGGUGAAGAUUGUGAUUGAGAAUAGUACUGAGGAGGCUUCAAGUUGGCCCCUGAGAAACGUGGAGGGUUGGGACAAUCUGAGUGAAUGA